AUGACACCGUCGACAGCACGCCGUCCACUACUGGCGCAGAUAAGCGUCACGCACCACUUGAGGCGAUUCCCGAUACGGUUGGGGUUCAAGAAGUGCUUGCGCCACGAUCGGGCUUUGUGUGACGCUUGCACUCGGAGGACUUCGGCAGUACGUUGCUGGUUGUCCGUUGUUCUUGAUGUUGUGGUCGUCGAGCGGUUCGACAUUGGUAGUAGUCCGACCACGUCGUCACGCAGACGAAUUUGUCGUGCCGGCGAGGUGUACGCUUUUGACCUAUUUGGUGAGACCGACGAGCUCGAUGCCCCAACGAUGGGCACACACGGUUGUCCGUGGCCUCACGAGAUGAUGUGGUGGUUCGGUGGACCCCAUUACGCGGCGGUGACAUACAUGCCCGUGCUCGCGUGGGUUUUGUCGGAGUUGUGCUACCGAGACCAGGAGCUGUGGUGCACGAGGAAACGACUGGUGUUCGACAUCUUCGUCGAGCCAUAUUGUCCAGAGCGGGUGGCACGUCAGUUUGGCCGUGCGCAGGUCUUUCCCCUUCCCCGACUUGAGUUUGACGGGUCCCACGGGUAUUCAAGGAAAGGUCAAGGUAUAGCGUUCGAGCAAUCGUGGGUGGAUAGGAUGGUGCUUUGGGUCAACGACUGGGCACAGGCUGCCGCCGAUGUGCACGACCUUGGUGGGCCAUUCGACGAGGGCACGUACCAAGAGUACUUGCAUUGGUUCCACGGAGCCACACGCGUCCGUUGCUUCCCCGUGCCGGUAGAGGCCGCGCCGCACGAGGCCAAGAUCACCGACACGUUCGUGAUGGAGCCACCAGCUGCUUUCCAUGCGCUGACAGAUAUCUGCAGUGACGUGGGCAACGAGCUGCUUUCGUAUGCCCAGAGGUUCGAGCAGACCCCGCCAACGGGUGUGCCUCCACCUCCUCCACCACCUCCAGUCGUAGGAUCUGGAGGAUGUUCUGGUCCUUCCCAGCAGAGGGUUCCAGUCCUAGGUACAUGUGCUUCAUGCAGUGACUACACGGAGGGUACUAGCAGCCUAGCCCAUGCCAUGUCGCAGCGCGACGGCGAUGCCAUUGCCGCCGCCGCGGCGGCGACGGAUCCCUCCCCGGACCCGACACCGGCCUCGCCGGUGGUCAAGUGGCCCGAGGGCGGCGCGCUGACACGGGACUGGGUGGCGGGGCUUGCGUCCACGCUGGACUGGUGCUCACGGCACCUCCCCGCGGACUGCCUCCUGGAGGUGCUCCCGGCCGCGCUAGUCCAGCGCUUGGUCCUGGCCGCCGCCGCCAUCCUGCACCGCGAGCCUAACCUCGUCCGCGUCAACCCGCGCCCCGGCCAGGCCGUCGUCGUCGUCGGGGACGUCCACGGCCAGCUCCACGACGUCAUCUUCCUGCUCCGCGACGCCGGGUUCCCGUCCGAGGACCGCAUCUUCGUCUUCAACGGCGACUACGUCGACCGCGGCGCCUGGGGCCUCGAGACCUUCCUGCUGCUACUCGCGUGGAAGGUGAAUUCUGCUGCGGAUCCUCCAACUCGUUGUUAA